UGUGUUGUUAGUAUCCCCUCCAUUAAGUCACAGCGAGGAUUACAUUUAUUCAAUACCACUAUCAAUGUUCUAUUGUUUGAUUAUGAUAAAGACGCAGUUAUAAAGACUGAAAAGACACGAUAAUUAAUUCUUGUAUUUCUGGAUUAUGCCAUCAAAUAUACAAUAAGUAAAUUAAUCAAUAUAUUUAUUGCGUUUUCAGUAUUUUGUCUUUUUUUAAUUUGAGAAAACCAAAUAUUGUUUGUGCGUGCAUAACAAAUCAAUAUUUAUACUUUUUAUCGUAAAAUUCUUUUUGUUAAAAUUUUUAUUCCGGUGCGAGUGCUCGUUACAGUACACAUAUUUACAAGUUUUAUCCUACGUUUGUUAGAAUUCAAGGUCUUUAAUUAAAAUGUCAUACGCGUAUCUAUUUAAAUAUAUUAUUAUUGGAGACACAGGCGUUGGAAAAUCAUGCCUCCUACUGCAGUUUACUGACAAAAGAUUUCAACCUGUUCAUGAUUUAACAAUUGGUGUUGAAUUUGGAGCACGCUUAAUUACAAUUGAUACUAAACCGAUAAAAUUGCAAAUAUGGGAUACAGCUGGCCAAGAAGCUUUUCGCUCAAUAACCAGAUCCUACUAUCGAGGUGCUGCUGGCGCAUUAUUAGUGUAUGACAUUACACGACGAGAUACAUUUAACCAUCUAACAACAUGGUUAGAAGAUGCUCGACAACAUUCUAACUCUAACAUGGUUAUUAUGCUUAUUGGAAAUAAGAGUGAUUUGGAAGCUAAAAGAGAAGUUAAAAAAGAAGAAGGUGAAGCAUUUGCUCGGGAACAUGGGUUAGUUUUUAUGGAAACUUCAGCAAAAACCUCUGAUAAUGUAGAAGAAGCAUUUAUAAAUACUGCCAAAGAAAUAUAUGAAAAAAUUCAGGAAGGUGUAUUUGACAUUAAUAAUGAGGCAAAUGGAAUAAAAAUUGGACCUCAACAUUCAACUGGCAAUAGCAGUGUACCUGGUAGUAACAAUAGAUCUAAUGGUAAUGGCUGUUGUUAAUCAGUUUUCAAAUUAUUUAGUAUAUUCCAGCCUUUUUAUUUAAUACAACUACAUAAAGUGUAAUUUCUAUAAAAGGCUAUUCAAUUAUAUAUUUGUUUUUUGAUUUGA